AUGGGAGGGGAGAAGAAGACGGCGGAGGAGACGGUGGAGGAGGAGCCACUCAGCCCAUGCUCACGGCUGUUCAACUCAACGGACUUUAACUGUGCCAUAAUCCUCUUAAUGGGAUGUAAAGUCAAAGGAAAUCCAUCUGCCAUUACCGAAGGCCUUAAACACACCCUCGUUAAUCACCCUCGCUUCUCCAGCAUUUUAGAUAUGAAGAAUGGGAAGAAAGGGAAACCGAGUUGGGUUCGGACAGAAGUCAGAGUAGAAGAGCAUGUGAUUGUUCCGGACAUAAAUCCCGAGAUAAAAAACCCCGAUCAGUAUCUCGAGGACUAUAUCUCAAAGUUAACGACCGUUCCUCUGGAUUUGUCUAAACCAUUAUGGGAACUUCACGUAGUAUGCCUCAAAACAUCAAACGCUGAAUCCACUGCAAUUAUCAAGAUCCAUCAUUCUUUGGGUGAUGGAAUGUCUCUCAUGUCUCUUCUCCUCGCUUGCACUCGCAAAACAUCGGACCCUGAGGCUUUGCCUACUGUUUCCGUUCAGAAAAAACGAUUCGGACCGAGAUGCUACAGCGGGGUUUUCAACAAGUUCUUGUGGUUGUUUGUAGGGCUCUGGUUCAUCCUAAGAUUGGUCUUCAACACUUUUGUCGAUAUCUUGAUGUUUGCUCUGACAAUAUGUUUCGUGAGGGAUACGGAGACUCCUCUUUUGGCCAAACCUGGUAGUGAACUUAACCCUAAGAGGUUCGUUCACCGGAUUAUCAGCUUCGACGAUGUUAAGCUGACGGUGAACGACGUUCUUCUUGGAGUAACGCAAGCCGGACUUUCACGUUAUCUUAGUCGAAGAUAUGAUCAAGAAGCAACACCGAAAUCAAAAGAGUCGAUGAGGAGAAUCCGACUUCGUUCAGCAAUUAUGAUUAAUUUGAGACCAAACACAGGAAUUGAGGCUCUAGCGGAUAUGAUGGCCAAGAAAUCGAAAUGCAGAUGGGGAAAUCUCUUCGGUUACAUACUAUUACCGUUCACGGUUGGGCUAGAGACUGAUCCUUUAGAAUACUUGCGCCGAGCUAAAGUCACCGUCGACCGCAAGAAACACUCCCUCGAGGCUGUAUUCUCCAUGGCCUUCUUUAAACUGAUCCUAAAAGUUCUCGGGCUCAAGGCAAGUGUUGUUCUUGUACGGAAAGUGAUUCAUAGCACAACAUUGUCAUUUUCAAAUGUGGUUGGUCCAAAGGAAGAAAUAACUUUUCAUGGCCACCCUUUAUCUUAUAUCUCUCCUACUGUAUUUGGUCACCCACAUGCUCUUACUCUACAUUUCCAGAGCUAUGCGAACAAGGUUAUAAUAUCGGUAACGGCCGAUCCAACAGUCAUUCCUGACCCUCACAAGAUGUGUGAUGAUUUGGUUGAGUCUCUCAAGUUGAUUAAAUCCUCUGUUCUAGAAAGAGGGUUAUAUGAGAUGGAGCUGGUCUAG